AAGAUCAAAACUGGCAAAUGGACACCAGAAGAAGAUCAGCAGCUUAAAGAUGCAGUCAAGCAAUACAGUGCAGAAGGCUGGGCCGCCAUAGCCGCACGUGUACCUGCUAGAUCAAGAAUUCAGUGUCUCCAGCGGUGGAAACGAUUAUGUCAACAAGCAGAUAGUAAUAUCCUUCGAAAUACCCCACUAACAAUGCAAGAGAAAGAACUCCUUUUUGAAGGAUACAAAAUAUUCGGAGCUGACUUCAAUACCAUUCAAAAAUCAUAUUUACCUAACCGUAGGCCUGAACAGCUGCAGGGAUGGUGGCAUUAUAACAAUCCAUCCUCUCUAGAUGAUAUCACAAGAAGA